AGAACUCCACAAAUCGCUGAAUCACUCCCUAAAGACAUUUAGUUCGACAGUCGCUUCUUUCCUUCUUAUUGCCUCCAAUGCGCGGGAACCGUCCCCACUUCCGGCACCGAGGCGGCGGCAGUGGCCGCCCCCAACCACCGCCAACGCUACCGUCACACUCUCCUUCUUUAAGUAUAGAUCCCAAUUUAGCCCUUCAAAACAUUUACUUGCAGAACAUGGCUAAUGCUAUGCUUCAUGGUUUUGCUCCACAACAAAACUUCUUCCCUUUCCACCAGAACCCUAACUUCCCAAUCCAAAACACUAAUUUUUCAAUCCAAAAUACCAAUAUCCCUCCUCCGCAGCAAUUCCCCAGCUGUUUAACUCAACAGCAGUCUCAUCCCCUCCAAAACUCCAACUUCCUAAUUCAAAAUCCAACUUUUGCACAACAACAGCAGCAGCAGCAGCAUUCUUCUCAUAACUCAGCUCAAAAAGGAGGUCAAAACUUGCCUUCUUCUCAAAAUACAGAACAGCAAGAACACAAUGAAAGUGAGCAAGCAUUGGAGAAGGUGCAGCAUGAUUUAGCUCAACAUCAACAGCAAUAUCCUCACAACUCAGCUCAACACAUGCCUCGUCAAAAUCCAAAAAAACAUAUACGGAAAGAACUUAUUGAGAGAGUUGACCGAGCAGUGGAGAAGGCCCGGCAGGAUCUUCUUGCGGCAGGAGAGAGUGUGUCAGCAUGGAAGGUGUCCCAGGCUGUGCUUGUGACCCUGCAGGUUGACUCGUGGGACUCUUUGGGGCUUCGAAUGCAGGAGGUGCCAUCGCUGCACCGGCUUAUUCUCACUGAAGGGAAGGUUAAUGCAUUUAUUAAUUGCUUUGUUGGAGUCCGGAGAAUUACAUCAUUGUACGAUUUGGAAGUGGCAAUUUGCGAAAAUGAGGGUAUUGAGGAGUUUGAAGAACUGGAAUUGGGCCCUUUGCUGCGACAUCCACUAGUCUUGCAUUAUUUUUCGGUGAAUUCUGAUGCAACUGAAGUGUUGAAGAUAACUACUGAGGACCUUAUCUUGAGCCUUCAUGAGUACAUGAGUACUUUUAGAAAAAAAGAAAUUAAUAUUGAUGAGUUUCUGGAUUUCGUUGCAAAGAAGCAAUCUGUCAAGGGAAAGGGAAAUCUUGGCGUGCGUAUUCAAGGCUUGGGAAUGCAUAUUUCUUUUAUUAGGGAAGCCAAGAGAUCUAAAAAUACAACUCUAAAGAAAUGUCUGGAGACAUUGAAAAGAAAAUCUGAAGCCAAGACAUCAGUGAAUGGAUCUGGUAAUAAAUGCCGGAAACGUCCCUUUUUAUCCACACAGAAAAAGGAUCUGGAUGAACGUUUUUCUGCCAUAUCUCAGCGUGUUGAAUCUUUUGCCUCAGCACAUAAGGAUUUCCGUGGAAAGCACAUAAGAUUUGAUUCAUCAAGCUCAGAGGAUGAAGAAAGUGAUGAUGGUACAAAUAUUGAUAAAAUGAAUAGCAGUGAUGAGGGGAGUCCGUUCUCAUUAAAGAAUGUCAAUAGUAAUGAUAGAGUGAGUAGCUGUCCUUACCCAUCUGCAACUGAAGAAAUGUCGCGACUAGGUUUGAAAAGUGAAAUGGGUGGCCAAUCUUCUCCUCAUAGUAGCAGCUCAAGGCACAAAAGGUAUGAUGGAUCGCAUAGAAAGAAAAGAAAAUUUGAUGAUGUAAGUUGCACUGCCUCUGCGCCUUCCAAAUUGCUUAAACAAGACACAGGGAAACACAAUAGUCAUAGAAGUGAAGUUGACAAUGAUGCUGAGGAGGUCACCAUCUCAAGUGAAGACGAUAUUUCAAUCUCUGAUAACUCCAUGAGAAUGUUUAUAACAAACUGGAAGGAGGUGUGCAAGGAGCAUACUGUGGCUGAGGUUCUCGAGAGAAUGCUCAAGUUUUAUGAACCCUUGGAUGAUAGGAAGGCUUCUCAACGAAGGAAAAAAAUCAAGUCAUUGUUUUUAUCUUACCCAUGUAUUGGAUUGCUCAAUGUUGCUGUGACAUCUAUGAAAUGUGGAAUGUUGGAUAGCAUCUAUGAUACUUUCCAAGCCUUUACUCAACAUGAAUCACCCAACACCCUUCCCAAGAAUGAGAGCAUUGAUGUUGAACCAGGUGAAAAUCAGAAGCCAGUUGUCCCUGAUGCGGACCAUAGCCUACAGCAAACACACAGUGUAGCAGGUGUUACAGUUGAAGAGAUUCUUGGGAAAAUUGACAAGUAUUAUGAACUUGAUUGCCAGUUUGGAAGUCAUGGAAAAUUUCUUUCUGAGGACAAAUUUAUUUCCUUGAAGAAGCUUUGUGGUUGUGAGUUCUGGUUGGUUGACCAAUUUGGUAUUAAGGAAUUCAAGUCCCUUGGUUAUGGGGAAUUUUUCAUUUUCCUAAAGGAACACACCUCUUUAUUACCUACUGAACUACAGAAGCUCUUAGCUGGUAACAUAUGUGAAAAGUCUUCUCUGGAGGUUUCCCUGCUUCAGCAUCAGUUGAUGGUGUUGGUAGCACAGGCUUCAAAUAGUUUAUGGGAGAGUGAAACUAUCUCCAAAAAGAUGAUUUCCACAUUGCUUGUAAGGCAAUUUCCUACGCUUAGCUUCAAAAUUAUGGAGAAUGGAUCAAUGGAAGACUUUUUGCACAUUGUAUGUGAAAAUAAGAAUAAUGUGAUUUCAAAAUGUGUUCUGUUUUCUGCAACAUUGUUAUCAGAUCCAUCAAGGGAAGAUGAUAUUGUGGAAAGCACUGGCAUAAGAACCAAUAAUGCCCAGAAUGAUUCUGCUACCUCCAAGAAUGCAAUUGACGUUUUGCUUAGGGCACCUAUGUUAUCUGAUUUAAAUUCAUGGUCACAUUGGGACCUUGUGUUUGCACCUUCUCUUGGUCCUCUUGUAGAAUGGUUGUUGAGUGAGGUGAAUGCCAAAGAAUUGUUGUGUUUGGUAACAAAGGAUGGUAAGGUGAUUCGAAUUGAUCAGUCUGCUAAUGUAGAUUCAUUCUUGGAAGCUGCGCUUCAAAGGUCACCCUUCCAAACAGCAGUCAAACUGUUAUCUCUGUUGUCAUUGGCUGGGGGGGAAAAGCAUGUCCCUUUGUCCCUCCUAAAAUGUUAUGCACGUCAUGUAUUUGAUGUCAUUUUGAAGAGUCAUUUUGAAAAUAAGGAAGUGCAGGACAACAAGAAGUACUUUUUGCUUGCAAAAACAGUUGAUGAGGUUGCGAAUAAUUUAAGUGGUGAAGUGCAUAAAAACUCAAUCCAAAUAGAUCAUUUGGUGUCUGGUGCCUCAAGAUUUAUACUUGAUUCUCUUGGUUAUCUGCCUUCAGAAUUUCGUGGUUUUGCUGCUGGUGUUUUGCUUUCUGGAAUGCAGUCUAUGAUUAAAGAUGCCCCUUCAGCCAUAUUGUUUGAAUGCAACCAAGAAGAGCGUAUCAUGCUUCAUGAAAUAGGAUUAUCUAAUGGUAUAGUGGAGUGGAUUGAUGAUUACCACUCAUUUUGUGUAACUGGUACCACUGCUGACUUGUUCACAUCUUCUAAGUCAGCACGAUUGCAAGCUGCUGAAUCUGCAGUAAGCAUAGGCUUCAGGCAUACCGAAAAUGUACUUUAUAUGUCUACUUGUGAUGAUGGGGAAGCAGUUGCACCUCAAGAGGAAGAUGUGCAUGAUGAAGCAAGUACUGAAACUAGUCCCACUGUUCAAGGUGCAGUUUCCAGCCAUGAAGUCGGCAGUGGUUGUGCAGAAAAAACAUCUGAGUUUGAUAGACAAAAGGAUUCAGCCCUGGUUAUUGAAUCAAUCAGGAGAGAUGAAUUUGGUUUGGAUCCAAAUCUUUCAUGCAUGGAGAACACCAUGUUGAGAAAGCAGCAUGCUCGCUUAGGGAGAGCACUUCAUUGUCUUUCUCAGGAAUUAUACUCCGAGGAUUCUCAUUUUCUUCUUGAGCUGGUUCAAAAUGCUGAUGAUAAUAUCUAUCCUGAAAGCGUGGAACCAACUCUUACAUUCAUUCUUCAAGAAUCAGGUAUUAUUGUGCUAAACAAUGAGCAGGGCUUCUCCGCUCAAAAUAUAAGAGCUCUUUGUGAUGUUGGAAAUUCAACCAAAAAAGGAUCUGGCAGUGGAUACAUAGGGCAAAAAGGAAUUGGCUUCAAAUCAGUCUUUCGGGUAACUGAUGCUCCAGAGAUUCAUUCGAAUGGUUUUCAUAUCAAAUUUGAUUUAAGUGAUGGUCAGAUUGGUUUUGUUUUGCCCACAAUUGUACCUCCUUGCAAUGUUGACGUGUUUAGCAGGCUGUUGUCUAGAGAGACUGUUCAAAUGGAUAAGAAGUUUUGGAACACUUGUAUUGUGCUUCCUUUCCGAUCAAAAUUAUCAGAAGGAACCGCCAUGAAAAUGUUUUCAGAUCUUCAUCCUUCUUUACUACUCUUUCUUCAUCGGCUACAGUGUAUUAUCUUUCGUAAUAUGCUUAACGAUUCACUUAUUGUGAUGAGGAAAGAAAUUCUGCGAGAUGGUAUUAUCAAGGUUUCAUGUGGAAAAGAUAAAAUGACUUGGCUUGUUGCCUCUCAGAAGUUGCAGGCACAUGCCAGUCGUCCUAAAGUUCAGACAACUGAAAUAGCCAUAGCAUUUACACUGGAGGAAUCAGAUAAUGGGGAUUACCGUCCACAUUUGGACCAACAACCUGUUUUUGCUUUUCUUCCUCUAAGAACAUAUGGUCUGAAAUUUAUUAUUCAAGGCGACUUUGUUCUUCCUUCAUCUAGAGAAGAAGUAGAUAAGAAUGAUCCUUGGAAUGAGUGGUUGUUGACAAAUUUUCCUGGUUUGUUUGUUAACGCAGAGAGAUCAUUUUGUGCUCUUUCUUGUUUUACGGAGAAUCCAGGAAAAGCUGUGACAGCUUUUAUGAGCUUUGUCCCACUUGUUGGGGAGGUGCACGGUUUUUUUUCUGCACUUCCUAAAGCAAUUGCUUUAGAAUUACGAAGGACGAGUUGCCUCCUUCUGGAAGGGGACAAUCACAAAAUGGUUCCUCCAUGCAAUGUUUUGAGAGGUUGGAAUGAACAAGCUCGCAUUCUUCUACCUGAGGGCUUGCUUCAAGAACACCUUGGCCUUGGAUUCUUAGAUAAGAAUAUAGUGUUGUCUGAUUCACUUGCAAAUGCACUGGGUGUUGCAGAGUAUGGGCCUGAAAUUCUUAUAAAAUUUAUGGCUUGUUUAUGCCGUACAGAAAAUGGCUUAAAGUCGAUGGGUUUUGAUUGGUUAUCUUCUUUCCUAAGUUCGCUUUAUAUAAUGUUUUCCCAUUCUUCUGGAUCAGCCAAUCUUGUAGAUAAGCUUCAGCAGAUACCGUUUAUUCCUCUUUCGGAUGGGACAUACAGCUCAGUGGAUAGGGGGACAAUUUGGUUACAUUCUGAUAUUUUAAGUACUAGGUUUGAUGGUGCACAGGAGCUGGUGGCGUUUCCACAAUUAUAUGUUAAACUUCAGACUGUAAAUCCUGCCCUCUUUUCUGCAUCAGCUGCUGAUGGGACUUCAGUGGACAAUAGUGCUAGGAUGCUUCAAAAAAUUGGCGUUCAACAGCUGUCUGCACAUGAAAUUGUUAAGGUCCACAUUUUACCAUCUAUAUCUGAUGACAGAAUCACAAAUAGUGAUGAGGGUUUAAUGACCGAUUAUCUCUGCUUUGUGAUGAUACACCUACAAUCUAACUGCCCUCAUUGUUGUGUUGAAAGAAAAUACAUUAUAUCUGAGUUGCAAAAUAAAGCUUAUAUUUUGACAAAUCUUGGAUAUAGAAGACCUGCUGAGACAUCUAUUCAUUUCAGUAAAGAAUAUGGAAAUCCUAUCAAUAUAAAUAAAUUGGUCAAUGUUGUAGAUAUGAAAUGGCAUGAGGUUGAUAUCACCUAUUUGAAGCAUCCAGUAAAUGAUUCACUUUCCAAUGGGUUGAUGAAAUGGAGGGGAUUUUUCCAGGAAAUUGGUGUGACAGAUUUUGUGCAAGUUGUACAAAUUGAAAAAGGUGUUUCUGAUUUAUCUCAUACUCUUUUGAAGAAUAUAACAUGGGAUACUGAGAUGGUUUCCCCUGGAUCAGUAGCUAAAGAUUGGGUAUCCCAUGAGUUAGUGCAGAUAUUAUCUCAUUUGUCAAUAAGUGGCGAUAGGGAUCGUUGUAAAUAUCUUUUGGAGGUUCUUGAUAGACUAUGGGAUGAUAACUUUAGUGACAAAGGCACUGGUUAUUGUAUUUCAGAAUCUAGUGUUUGUGGCAGAAGAUUCAAGUCUUCCUUUCUAAGUAGCAUCCAUGAUGUUCCAUGGGUAGUAUCAAGCAUGGAUGAUGAGCUCCACUACCCCUGUGAUUUAUUCUAUGAUUGCGAUGUGGUGCACUGUAUCCUGGGUGGUUCUGCUCCGUAUGCUCUUCCAAAGGUGAGUAGCGCAAAGUUGUUGGGUGAUAUUGGCUUUAAGACUAAAGUUACUCUUGAUGACACCUUGGAAGUUUUAAGAAUAUGGAGGGAAUCACAAGCCCCUUUCAAGGCCAGCAUAACACAAAUGUCUAAACUGUACACAUUUAUCUGGGAUGAAAUGACUCCUUCAAAGAAGAAAGUUUUAGAGGCACUUGAUUCAGUUUCGUUUAUCUUUAUUCCAUGUGAAUCUGGUUCAAGGCAUGAGGGUCUUGUGUCUGGCGUAUUCUUGUCUUCUGAAGAAGUUUACUGGCAUGAUCCAACUGGUUCUAUUGACAACAUGAAGAAUACUCAUCCUCAAAGUGGUCUGACAGUUGUGCCUCAGCGGCCCUUAAGCAAGACAUUAUGCAAUAUUUAUUCAGGACUUCAUGACUUUUUUGUGAAAGAAUGUGGGGUGCAUGAAUUCCCUUCUUGCCGUAGCUAUUUCGAUAUUUUACGACAGUUAGCAUCUGUUGCUUUGCCAUCACAGGCUGCUAGUACGGUCUUGCAAGUCUUUCUGAAGUGGACUGAUGGACUGAAAUCUGCAUCACUGUGUUCUGAAGAUAUCAGUUACAUGAAAGAAUGUCUUCUGAAAGUGGAAUAUACAAUACUUCCCACUAUACAAGAUAGGUGGGUUUCAUUGCACCCUUCAUUUGGCCUCGUAUGCUGGUGUGAUGAUAAGAAUUUGAAGAAGAUCUUUAAGGAUAUCGACAAUAUUGAUUUCCUGUACUUUGGCAAUCUUAGCGACUCCGAGGAAGAGGUGCUUCAAACUCAGGUCUCUGACCUGAUGCAUAAUUUAGGGAUUCCUGCUCUCUCAGAGAUUAUAACUCGAGAAGCAAUAUACUAUGGUCCAGCUGACUCUAGCUUCAAAGCUGCAUUGGUUGACUGGGCGCUUCCUUAUGCUCAGCGUUAUAUCUAUAGUAUACACCCUGAAAAGUAUCUCCAAUUUAAGCUGUAUGGAUUGAAUAAUCUCAAGCAGCUAAAGAUUACUGUUGUUGAGAAGUUAUUUUACAGAAAUGUGAUAAAAAGUUGUGGUGGUGCAUCCAAGAAGCGAUAUGAAUGUAGCUGUCUUCUGCAGGGUAAUACAUUGUACACAACUUCAGAAUCAGAUUCACAUGUCCUAUUUUUGGAACUUUCUCGUUUGUUCUUUGAUGGUACUUCAAAUUUACACCUGGCAAAUUUCCUUCAUAUGAUCACAACGAUGGCUGAAUCUGGCUCCACCGAGGACCAAACAGAGUUCUUCAUUGUCAACAGCCAAAAGGUGCCAAGGCUUCCUGAUGAUGAAUCUGCUUGGUCACUCUCAUCUAUUUCUACUUUGACAGAGAAUGAUGAAUCACUUAAGACAGGCGCUGCAUCAAUGGCAAUAAAUGAUCAGAAGACCUCCAAGUACAAGAGGAAAGUAGGAAUCAGCUCUAAUUGGCCACCUGUAGAUUGGAAAACUGCACCGGGCUUUAGUUAUGCUCGUGCAAAUGGUUUUAAGACUCAGGCUGUUGUAUCACAUCCUAGCAGUUCAUGCAAGACUGAGGAGGAUGAUUCAGAGGACAUCAUCAUUGAGACAGAUACUUCAGUUCCAGUUGAGAUCGAUACUGAUUGGGCUAUUGAAGAGAACACAGCAGGAUCAAUUUUACUUCGCCCUGAAAGUGUGGACACACAUUCUGCUCAUGCUUGCAAUCAGACUCCAAAUUUGGAUAUUUCAUCCGACCCUGUUGGCUUACCUCUCAUUGCUUAUGUCCCUGAACCAAGUUCGAUAGUAUUUUCCAGGAGAGAGAAGUUGAACAUUGGGACAGCUGAUGUGUCACAAUUACUGCUUACUGGAAGGCUAGGGGAGCGUGUAGCUUUCAAAUAUUUGACUGAAAAAUUUGGCGAGGAAGUAGUGAAGUGGGUUAAUGAAGACAGAGAAACUGGGUUGCCCUAUGAUAUAGUUAUAGAGGAGGAAAAUGGGAAAGAAUACUUCGAAGUAAAAGCAACAAAAUCUGCAAGGAAGGACUGGUUCAUGAUAUCAAUGAGAGAGUGCCAAUUUGCAAUUGAAAAAGGUGAUUCUUAUAGCAUUGUUCAUGUGGUUCUUCUAAGUAAUAAUACAGCGAAGGUCACAGUAUUCAAAAAUCCAGCAAAACAAUGUCAGGCAGGCAAGUUGCAAUUGGUAUUUAUGAUGCCAAGGCAGCAGAGGGAAUCUACUGUCAUCUCCUAACUGGUGCUAUUAUUUCUGUAUUUGCAACUGCUAACAUGGACCAAGUAUGUAUGCGCUUGUUUGCCCUCGCCUAUUAUAUAUUGUUAGAGUUCCAUUGGUUAAAAAAAACUUUGCGGAGCUCCUCUCUUUUAAUUUCCGUUAGAUGCAGAGUACUUUCUGACAUAGUUUCAAUCCGACUGCUGCUGUGUUGAGGUGCAUAAAGAGCUUAGGUCUGUACAGCGGUACCAAGAUAUUUCCUGAGGAAGUAUAAUCCGGAUUACAAGGCCUUUACAUGUUGUAUUCAUUGGAAGGCAAGUUAUAACAUCUUGUAUAUAUAUAGUGAUGUAUAAAUUUCAAUUUUCAUAUAAACUAUUAUUAAUAUUUUCAUUUAAAAAAAUAGAAUAUUUAGCCUUCAUAAUUUGAUUGUAAUUUUGUUCCGUUUAAACGUUGGUCAUAUAUGAAGUUUCUGUAAUAUACUUCCUGCCUGAACUCUA